GAGACAUGCCAAAGCUUUUUAGUAUAACCCUGUUUGGUUAUUUAAUAUGAAAUCCUUUAUGACAAGUUUGCAAUUUCAUGUAUAUUGGGAAGGGAAUGCAUUCUGGUAUUUUUUUUUCAUUUUCUUUCUUUUUUUUUUUAUAUAGAAUUGCCUUCGUGUAUUUAAAGCAUGGGAGCUAAUGCUUUAGAAGAGAUUUUGUGAUACGGGAUGUGGUAGAUCUUUGUGGAUGCCAAAGUGAGAAUCUUGUAGUCCACCAUGCCCUUAUUAUUUUGAGGAUCUUAUAUAUCUGAAGAUUUUGUUUACUCUGUGGUAAUCUGUGAUAGACAAAAUGUCAGCAGAAUAAGUGACCUACUGUCCAAAAUUUGCCAUGAACCAUUUGGUUGGACCACCUGAGGGGGAGAUCAGUGAAGAGCCAGCAAACGAAGCAGUGAGUGAGUCAGUGGAAGCUGACCUGGAGCACCCAGAGGUGGAAGAGGAGCAGAGGUAUGCGGUUCGCUACCCAAGGCACACCAACAGCAGCCACGUGGGCCUGUCUGGGCAGGAGGAGGAAGGCAUGUUAGCUCGGUCAGCCAGCACUGAGAGUGGUUUCCACAAUCACACAGAUACUGCAGAAGGGGAUGUGAUAGCCACAGUGGAGGACAGUUAUGAUGUUGAGAGAGUGCAGGAAAAUGAGGAUGAGAGUGCGUAUGCAGUGCAGUACAGACCUGAGUCCGAGGAGUACACGGAGAAUGCUGAGGCUGAGCAUGGUGAGGCCAUUCAUAACCGAACACUGCCCAAUCACUUACAUUUCCAUUCCAUCGAGCACGAGGAAGCCAUGAACGCAGCCUACUCGGGUUACGUCUACACACAUCGCCUCUUCCACCGAGGAGAGGAUGAACAGUAUGCCGAGGCUUACGCUGACUAUGGGCUGCAGGAGCAUGUGUAUGAGGAAAUAGGAGACACACCAGAUCUUGAUGUUAGGGAGGGCAUCCAGCAGUAUGAGCGGGAGAGGGAGGAAGCUGACAAUUACCGCAAGGAGGCACUUGGUGCCCGCCUUCACCAUUAUGAUGAACGGUCUGACGGAGAGUCUGACAGCCCUGAAAAGGAAGCAGAGUUUGCACCCUACCCAAGAAUGGAUAGUUACGAACAAGAGGAGGACAUUGAUCAGAUUGUAGCAGAGGUGAAGCAGAGCAUGAGCUCCCAGAGCUUAGAUAAGGCAGCUGAAGACAUGCCAGAGUCAGAGCAGAGUUUGGAGCAUGGCCAGGCUCCUGUCAGUGGUGGGCAUGAAAGUAAUGGCCAGCUAACAUCUGGUUCUCGAGUUACAUCUGGUACGGGAGAAUCUGUCCAGAGGUACAGCAAGGAAAAAAGAGAUGCAAUUUCACUGGCCAUUAAGGAUAUUAAAGAGGCUAUUGAGGAAGUGAAGACGAGGACCAUCCGUUCUCCUUAUACCCCUGAUGAACCUAAGGAGCCUAUCUGGGUGAUGCGACAGGACAUCAGUCCCUCCAGGGAUUCUGACGACCAGAGGCCGCUAGAUGGGGAUUCUCCAUCUCCAGAUUCCUCUUCACCUCGUGGUGCUGAAUCAUCAAGCAGACAACAUCACCAGGAUGUCUGCAGUACAGCAGAGGCUUCCACUAAUAAAGAGUCCAGAAAAAGCUUGGCUUCAUUUCCAACGUAUGUUGAAGUUCCUGGACCUUGCGAUCCUGAAGACCUAAUUGAUGGAAUCAUUUUUGCUGCCAAUUACCUUGGUUCAACUCAACUCCUUUCUGAUAAAACUCCAUCCAAGAAUGUGAGAAUGAUGCAGGCUCAGGAAGCUGUCAGCAGGAUCAAGAUGGCCCAGAAAUUAGCCAAAAGCAGGAAGAAGGCUCCAGAAGGUGAAUCUCAACCCAUGACUGAAGUGGACCUCUUCAUUUCUACACAGAGAAUAAAAGUACUGAAUGCAGACACACAGGAAACCAUGAUGGAUCAUCCCCUGCGGACCAUUUCUUACAUUGCUGAUAUAGGAAAUAUAGUUGUUCUGAUGGCUCGUAGGCGAAUGCCACGCUCUAACUCCCAGGACAAUGUGGAAGCAUCUCACCCCUCUCAAGAUGGAAAGAGGCAGUACAAAAUGAUUUGUCAUGUCUUUGAGUCUGAGGAUGCGCAGCUGAUUGCACAGUCCAUAGGUCAAGCAUUUAGUGUGGCCUACCAAGAAUUUCUGAGGGCAAAUGGAAUCAACCCAGAAGACCUUAGCCAGAAAGAAUAUAGCGACUUGCUUAAUACCCAGGACAUGUACAAUGAUGAUCUGAUUCACUUCUCCAAAUCUGAAAAUUGCAAAGAUGUUUACAUUGAAAAGCAAAAGGGAGAAAUUCUAGGUGUGGUGAUUGUUGAGUCUGGCUGGGGAUCCAUUUUGCCUACAGUUAUCAUAGCCAACAUGAUGCAUGGAGGACCGGCAGAGAAGUCUGGGAAGCUGAACAUAGGGGACCAGAUCAUGUCAAUCAAUGGGACCAGCUUGGUUGGUUUACCACUCUCAACAUGUCAGAGCAUUAUAAAGGGUUUGAAAAACCAGGCCCGGGUUAAACUGAACAUAGUUAGAUGUCCUCCAGUAACCACAGUCUUGAUCAGAAGACCAGACCUCAGAUAUCAGCUGGGCUUCAGUGUGCAGAAUGGGAUAAUCUGUAGCCUUAUGAGAGGAGGCAUUGCAGAGCGAGGAGGUGUGCGUGUUGGCCAUCGGAUCAUUGAAAUCAAUGGGCAGAGCGUUGUAGCAACACCCCAUGAGAAAAUCGUUCACAUCCUCUCAAAUGCUGUUGGUGAGAUCCAUAUGAAGACUAUGCCAGCUGCCAUGUACAGACUGUUGACUGCACAAGAGCAACCAGUUUACAUCUGAAGCUGGCACCUCACCGCCACAGUGUGCAUGGAAGAUGUUUUUUCCUCAUUAGUGCUUGUCUCUCUAGUGCUGCAUUUCUGUGUCUGCAAAGACAUUUCUUUCUCUCUCCCCGCAUCACAGACACAAAUACUCUGUUGCUCUCUCCUUCAUCCCUUUUCCCUCUUCUUCCCACCAUUUUGGUAAGGGGCAAAAUGUAUCUGUGGAACUAUUUUGGUUGCAUCUUUUUACAAGUGAAACUUCAUACAGCUCCACAUGCAAAACAGGAAAAUAACAGCAGCAUAGUUUACAGCAGUAUUCACAGAUGGCUCUAUUUCAUGCUACAUAAUCAGUUUUAUUUCUGUGGCUGUAAUUUUACAAACUGAGUAAAUUAAAUGUUGCUGAAUGAAAAAUUACUUUACCAAAUAGAUAGAAGUAGAGGGUAAAAGGUGUUCUCUUGGAUAUCCUGCCUGUGACCUUGGUUCUCUUGCCCUGUUUUCUCACAGGCACCAAGCUCAGUACUAAACGUUUGUGUCUGUGGGGAAAGUAGAAUACCAAAAGGAUUAUUUUGCCCUCAGGAAAAAUUGCCUGCUUAUGAAGAUUCAGUAAAUGCUGCUGUUGUAAAAUGAAUUGUCCAAAUACACACCUUUUAAUUCCCCUCUGUCAUCUGUUCUUCAUGAUAGUAGGACUCCAGAAGAUACUCCAUAAGUUCCUGAAGCAUGCUAUUCUUGCAUUACUUACACUAAGAAAUUUGGGAGGCAUUUUUUACAGCUGCCUCCCUCUCUCUGCCCCCAGGUUUCUAUCUCCUAGUUUUCUUCAGCUUUGUGUUUUAUAGUCCCUUCCUGAUUUUAGAAGUUAAAGAAGUGGGGGGGGAGAAUCUUUAAAUAGCCACAAGAAAAAUAUUGAGGGGAUCUGCUGAAUAGCUACACUUUUCUAGGCUCUUAAUUCCGAUUUUGGUGCACAUAGCCAUGUGUGCCAGUGUAUAUAGACAUUUUUAAAAUUGUGCUUCCUAUUUAUGAAGUUUGAAUAUAAGAGAUCUGCAGACUAUUCUAAGUAAUUUUGUUCUCUGAGCCAGUUUUAACAUAUAUUUUUGUCCAAAGACCUGUCUAAUUUUAUUGACUUCCUAUUUAGUUCAUGAUAUGUAGGUAACAGUUGAAAGGAUGAGGCAGGAAUAAACUUAUUUAUUUUGUUAUAUAAUUUAGCUUGUGAUUUUUCCCAUAUAUAUGGCACUUAAAAGAGAUAUGUGUGUACUAUAUGCACUUGUAUGAAGAUGAUUAACUGUAGGGAUGUCUGAAAUCUUGUAUUUGAUUAGCCUCUAAGUUGCAUGCUAGAGACAAAAGGGGAAAAGGGGGCUGGGUUGGGUCCUUUGGUUUUUUUAAGAGGGUUCAAAA